AUGGAGGUGACCAAUGGGACAACAGUCCAGGAAUUCAUUUUGCUAGGCUUGGACAGUGAACCACAAAAACGGUUCUUCCUCUUUAUCAUUUUUACUAUUGUCUACAUCAGCACAUUAACAGAGAACUCUGCUAUUAUCAUGCUGGUGCGUGUAGAUGAGCAAUUAGCACAGCUCCCCAUGUACCACUUUUUGGGAAACUUCUCCCUGUUGGAGAUCUGCUAUGUGACCACCACCAUGCCUCGUAUGCUCUUCGAUCUGACUUCUCCUCAAGGGAUCAUCUCCUUCCAAGCCUGUUUCCUUCAGUUCUACAUUUUCUACUCCCUUGGUAGCACUGAAACCUUCUUCCUCUCAGCCAUGGCCUUGGAUCGCUAUCUGGCCAUCUGCCACCCACUCUAUUAUCCAAUAAUUAUGUCUCCAAAGAACUGCUCCAAGCUUGUUGCUGGUUGCUGGAUGGCUGGGUUCUUGGUUUACACUGUCCCAAUAACUUUGAUCUCCAGAUUGUCCUUCUGUGGCUCCAAUGUCUCAGACCACUUUUUGUGUGAUCAAGGGCUCCUGACCUUAGCUUGCCCUCCCCUUGGAAACGCUCCCCUUAUCCUCUUUUCCAUGAAUAUUUUCAUCAUAUUAGGCAACUUAAUCUUUGUAACUAUUUCCUAUGGUGUUAUCAUUGUCACAUUGAUCAAAUCCUCUAACCAAAGUAGCAGGAAGAAAGCUUUCUUCACCAUAUCCAUUCAUAUCAUGGUGGUGACCCUUUUCUAUGGUUCUGUGGCAGGAUUGUAUGUAGCUCCAAGUGGGAAAACUCAGUCACAUAUUGCUAAAAUAGUCACCAUCUUCUACACUGCCAUUACACCCUUCCUCAACCCCAUGAUCUACUGUCUGAGGAACGACCAGGUGAAGGAGGCUCUGAGUAGGGUUCUCAGAAGGACAGAACAAUGGUUGAGAAAAAGAUAA